AUGUUUUUCCAACACGCACAUAUCCCACGGGACCGCUCGAUGGUUUUCCGAAGUCGAAUUACACGGGGUAAUAUCCGCUACCAAGUCCAGGAGGUGGACAUGGACGAAGAGGACGACGUAGAGGACUGUCUGGCACAAGCGGUGGAAGAAGAGCUCCGGUUGUGCGAGCAAAGAUUUCCUAGCGGCAAGAUUAUUAUUUAUUAUGGAACCAUUGUGCGCGCCCAGUCCAUCAGUCGAAGGCUGAAUUGUCCGGCAUAUUACAACCAAGCGGGAAAUGCGAAACAAAAGCGAGAGAUACUCGAGGAAUGGAUGGAGCAUGGAAGGGCGAUCGUAGCCACCAACGCGCUUGGGGUGGGACUCGACGUGCCCGACGUCCGAGAGGUGAUUCAUGUAACGUCGCUAAGGAGAAUCCGUGACUUUGCAUAA